AUGUUGUUACGUUUUAUUGGAAUCACUGCUGCUACUCUCUUAUCUAGUAUAUGCGUGGAGGCGGCCUAUUCGACUAGUAAGCCUAACGUAUUUUACUACUGGGGUCAAAAUUCUGCUGGUGGUGGAUCUACCCAAUCAUCUUUGUCUUACUACUGCCAAUCUGGACAAGCAGAUGCAGUUAUUUUAUCCUUUCUCAAUGUUUUCAAUGUGGGUGGACUUCCUGGUAUGAAUUUAGCUGGUGCUUGUCAAACCACCUUUCCUGGUCUUCAGUUACUUUCAUGUCCUUCUGUCGGAAACGAUAUUCGAACGUGCCAGGGUCUUGGCGUUAAGGUGAUUCUAUCUCUUGGUGGAGCUGCUGGGGCUUACAGUCUCUCCGGAGAUUCUGACGCCGCUACGUUUGCCACGACAUUAUGGGACUUAUUUGGUGGAGGUAGCUCAUCGACACGACCUUUCGGUGACACCGUGAUUGACGGAAUCGAUCUUGAUAUUGAAGGUGGUCCCUCUACCGGUUAUGCAGCUUUAGUUACUGCAGCAAAAGCCAAGUUUGGGUCUGGGUUUAUAGUUGGAGCUGCACCCCAAUGUCCAUUCCCUGAUGUUAUUUUGGGGUCAGUCAUUAAUGCUGUUGCCUUUGAUUAUGUCAACGUUCAAUUUUAUAACAACUAUUGCUCUGCAGCUGGUGGGUCAUUUAAUUUUGCUACUUGGGCUAACUGGGCUUCAUCAACAUCUCCAAAUAAAAAUGUCAAAGUUAUGUUAACACUUCCGGGAUCUUCCACAGCUGCUGGUAGUGGUUACAUACCCAUGAGCACAAUCAGUACAAUUGUACCCCAACUUGCCAGCCAAUACUCUUCUUAUGGCGGUGUCUCAAUUUGGGAUGCCUCUCAAGCUUGGAAUAAUGGCAAUUUUGCUUCUAGUCUUUAUUCAUUAGUCAAGGGUAAUUCUGGCACAGGAUCUCCUCCUAUCACUACAACAACAUUAAAUCCUGUUACAACUACUUCUUAUGGAACUACUCCCACAACGGGCCUUCCUCCUCCUGGUCCUCCUUCAGGUUCUCCAGGCUCUUGUGUAUCCAACGGCCAAGCCUGUUCAUCACAAGGCCAAUUUGUUUGUACUAGCGGUGGAGCUUAUGCAGUUUGUGAUCAUUCUGUCUGGUCCGUUACAUCAUGCCCGUCUAGCACUGUUUGUAUUGCCACGGCUGAUGGUACAUCGAUCUAUUGUGGAUAUGCAUCUUCUGGUUCAAACACAUGCUCCGCAAUCCUAGCUGUUUCUCGCCUUCGUCAGAUUCUUGGAGGAGCAGUACCUCAAGCAUACAAGGGAUCACAAGUUGGAGCUCAGUUGACCGUUGUUUCGUCUACUGCUGAUGAGUUUGAAGCCGUGAUAAAUGCUCGUCGUACAGUUGCUUCGCCAUUUUCAAACCAAGUCACGAUCGAAUUUACAGCCCCUGCUAAUGUGAAGAUAAGCUCCGUUUCACAAGGAACCGUCAGACAGGUUGGAACGAGCGUAAGAAUCCAAGCGAAUAACACAUAUAAUACUUCGAUGGCUAUCGUUGUUGGUAUGAAAGGAACGAUCAAUUCUGGAAUUUUUGUUGCUCCUAAUCCUGCUUCUUUGCGUUUUAAGUAGCCCCAAUUUUUAUUUAUUGUUUAUUAAAUAGUAUGAUUUAUUUUUUUGUUUAAAAGAGAUUGUUUAUUUUUUAAAGUUCCUUGAGAGAGAAGGGGGUGAUAUAACAAUCUGUAUGCUAGUGAAUAUGUAUAUUUAUAUAUUUUUUUUUCAUGUAUUUGGAUCAUAAUUUACAGGGUUAAAAGA